GCUGAAUCUUCCACAACACCUACAAUAACAACAGUGGCAUCAGCAACCACUACAGUUCCUGUUGAAACAUCCACCACUACAGCAGGAGAAAUGACAACAACACCACAAACUACUGCUACAACAGCUGAAUCCUCAACAACACCUACAAUAACAACAGUGGCCUCAGCAACCACUACAUUUCCUGAUGAAACAUCCACCACUACACCAGGUGAAAUCACAACAACACCACAAACUACAGCUACAACAGCUGAAUCUUCUACAACACCUACAAUAACAACAGUGGCCUCAGCAACCACUACAGUUCCUGAUGAAACGUCCACCACUACAGCAGGAGAAAUCACAACAACACCACUAACUACAGUUACAACUGCUGAAUCCUCCACAACACCAACAGAUUCUUCCACAGUUCCCACUAUUCUUACUGGAACAUCCACCACUAGCGAAGCUUCUACUUUGACUUCAGUUAGUUCAUCUUCACCAGCCUUUGAAAGUACAACUGUUAGUAAAUCCACAUCAUCUAAAGCUUUCACAGCAUCUACAGCGUUAACAGAGUCUCCAGCAUUAACAGCAUCUACAUCAUCAACAGAAUCUACAGCUUCAACAGAAUCUACAGCAUCAACAACAUCUACACCAUCAACAGAAUCUACAGCUUCAACAGAGUCUACAGCUUCAACAGCAUCUACACCAUCAACAGAAUCUACAGCUUCAACAGCAUCUACACCAUCAACAGAAUCUACAGCUUCAACAGCAUCUACACCAUCAACAGAAUCUACACCAUCAACAGAAUCUACAGCUUCGACAGCAUCUACACCAUCAACAGAAUCUACAGCUUCAACAGCAUCUACACCAUCAACAGAAUCUACAGCUUCAACAGAAUCUACAGCUUCAACAGAAUCUACAGCAUCAACAGAAUCUACAGCUUCAACAGCAUCUACACCAUCAACAGAAUCUAAAGCUUCAACAGCAUCUACACCAUCAACAGAAUCUACAGCUUCAACAGCAUCUACAGCUUCAACAGAAUCUACAGCUUCAACAGAGUCCACAGCUUCAACAGCAUCUACACCAUCAACAGAAUCUACAGCUUCAACAGCAUCUACAGCUUCAACAGAAUCUACAGCUUCAACAGCAUCUACACCAUCAACAGAAUCUACAGCUUUAACAAAAUCUACACCAUCAACAGAAUCUACAGCUUCAACAGCAUCCACACCAUCAACAGAAUCUACAGCUUCAACAGAGUCCACAGCUUCAACAGCAUCCACACCAUCAACAGAAUCUACAGCUUCAACAGCAUCUACACCAUCAACAGAAUCUACAGCAUCAACAGAAUCUACAGCUUCAACAGCAUCUACACCAUCAACAGAAUCUACAGCUUCAACAGCAUCUACACCAUCAACAGAAUCUACAGCUUCAACAGAGUCUAAAGCUUCAACAGUAUCUACACCAUCAACAGAAGCUACAGCUUCAACAGCAUCUACACCAUCAACAGAAUCUACAGCUUCAACAGCAUCUACACCAUCAACAGAAUCUACAGCUUCAACAGCAUCUACACCAUCAACAGAAUCUACAGCUUCAACAGCAUCUACACCAUCAACAGAAUCUACAGCUUCAACAGCAUCUACACCAUCAACAGAAUCUACAGCUUCAACAGCAUCUACACCAUCAACAGAAUCUACAGCUUCAACAGCAUCUACACCAUCAACAGAAUCUACAGCUUCAACAGCAUCUACACCAUCAACAGAAUCUACAGCUUCAACAGAAUCUACACCAUCAACAGAAUCUACACCAUCAACAGCAUCUACACCAUCAACAGAAUCUACAGCUUCAACAGUAUCUACACCAUCAACAGAAUCUACACCAUCAACAGCAUCUACACCAUCAACAGAAUCUACACCAUCAACAGAAUCUACAGCUUCAACAGCAUCUACACCAUCAACAGAAUCUACAGCUUCAACAGCAUCUACACCAUCAACAGAAUCUACAGCUUCAACAGCAUCUACACCAUCAACAGAAUCUACACCAUCAACAGAAUCUACAGCUUCAACAGCAUCUACACCAUCAACAGAAUCUACAGCUUCAACAGCAUCUACACCAUCAACAGAAUCUACAGCUUCAACAGCAUCUACACCAUCAACAGAAUCUACAGCUUCAACAGCAUCUACACCAUCAACAGAAUCUACAGCUUCAACAGCAUCUACACCAUCAACAGAAUCUACAGCUUCAACAGCAUCUACACCAUCAACAGAAUCUACAGCUUCAACAGAAUCUACACCAUCAACAGCAUCUACACCAUCAACAGAAUCUACAGCUUCAACAGCAUCUACACCAUCAACAGAAUCUACACCAUCAACAGAAUCUACAGCAUCAACAGCAUCUACAGCAUCAACAGCAUCUACACCAUCAACAGCAUCUACACCAUCAACAGAAUCUACACCAUCAACAGCAUCUACACCAUCAACAGAAUCUACAGCUUCAACAGUAUCUACACCAUCAACAGCAUCUACAGCUUCAACAGCUUCAACAGCAUCAACAGAAUCUACACCAUCAACAGAAUCUACAGCAUCAACAGCAUCUACACCAUCAACAGCAUCUACAGCUUCAACAGCAUCUAGAGAAUCUACAGCUUCAACAGAAUCUACAGCAUCAACGGCAUCUACACCAUCAACAGCAUCUACACCAUCAACAGCAUCUACAGCUUCAACAGCAUCUACAGAAUCUACAGCUUCAACAACAUCUACAGCUUCAACAACAUCUACAGCUUCAACAACAUCUACAGCUUCAACAACAUCUACAGCUUCAACAACAUCUACACCUUCAACAACAUCUACACCUUCAACAACAUCUACACCUUCAACAACAACUACUACAAAAAUACCUGAGGUGUUAACUGACCUGGUGUUUCGGUCUUCGGACACAUUUAUAGAAGCUCUCAGUGACAAAAACUCAGAGGAGUUCAAGUCUAGGUCUAACCUUGUCACAAAUCAGCUUGAAGGAAUUUACAGACCCAAGUAUGCUAACUUCCUCAGAGCGAUCGUCAAAGAAUUCAGACCAGGGUCAAUCAUCACAGCAACUCAAAUAGUCUUCAGCCUCAACCAAUCAGUCCCCUCCAUUCAAGAGAUUUCAAACACCCUCUUGACAGCAGCGGCAGAAGGAGGAAGUGUCGAUUUACUAAACAUAAUUCCUGGAUCAAUUUCAGUCAAUGGUUCAGCAACAUCUACAGCUUCAACAACAACAUCUAGAGCUUCAACAACAACUACUACAAAAAUACCAGAGGUUAUCACUGACCUGGUGUUUCGGUCUUCGGACACAUUUAUAGAAGCUCUCAGUGACAAAAACUCAGAGGAGUUCAAGUCUAGGUCUAACCUUGUCACAAAUCAGCUUGAAGGAAUUUACAGACCCAAGUAUGCUAACUUCCUCAGAGCGAGCGUCCUAGAAUUCAGACGAGGGUCAAUCAUCACAGCAACUCAAAUAGUCUUCAGCUUCAACCAAUCAGUCCCCUCCAUUCAAGAGAUUUCAAACACCCUCUUGACAGCAGCGGCAGAAGGAGGAAGUGUCGAUUUACUAAACAUAAUUCCUGGAUCAAUUUCAGUCAAUGGUUCAGCUUCAACUACAACUAUCGCUCCUACAGUAACUACUGCUUCAAGUGGAUUAAAGAUUGAAUCCAGUCUGCUCCAAGCAACAUUCCUCAUUAUUAUGUCUCAAAUAUUUAGGCUUUUCCUAUAGAUCCCUUAACCAUAUAUCCAACUAACAGAAUACAACCAGACACACUGUAACAAA